AUGGGCAUAGAGACGCCUCCCGAUGUCGAGGAAUCGACGGAGCCUCCUAUAUGUGCCUUUAAGGAGCCCAAGUUUAACCCCCAUGCAACUGCAGCCAUAAGCUUUGAGCCGUGCAACACUAAUGAAAAGCCCACGUCCAGACCGGCCAGUAAUAGCCUGUCUGCCCGUGUCGAGCCACAUACACCACGCGAGCCCCUGCGAAGCCAAGAAGACCAAAGCAAAAAUGCCCAUCUUCUCGAGCCAUCCGAUAUUGCUACACUCCUGCGAACGGACCUACACCAUGGACUUUCUAGUGAUGAGGCGGGCGAGCGUCUCAGAACACAAGGUCCGAAUACGGUCCGCGAAAUCAAGGGCGUCUCCAUCUGGGGGAUACUGCUAAGGCAGGUGUCCAACAGUCUAACCAUAGUCCUAGUAAUUACCAUGGCGUUGUCCUUUGGAAUUGACGACUAUAUUGAAGGAGGAGUCAUAACAGCGGUCAUUGUACUGAAUAUCGUUGUCGGAUUCUUCCAAGAUUACCGAGCAGAGAAAACGAUCCUUUCCCUCCACCGCUUAUCUGCUCCAGUAUGCAAGGCCAUCCGGGAUGGUCGGGUGAACUCCGUCAAGGCUGAGUCCCUGGUCGUUGGAGAUAUUGUGCGGUUGUCGGUAGGAGACAUUGUGCCUGCAGAUUUACGUUUAUUUGACGGCAUGAACGUGUCCAUGGAUGAAGCCCUGUUGACAGGAGAGUCCCUGCCAGUUCUCAAGACGCCCCAAGAGACAUUGAAGCAGUCAAACAUCCCCAUCGGCGAUCGCACGAAUAUGGCAUAUUCUGCUUGCAGUACUACCCAAGGCCGAGCUAUAGGAAUAGUCGUUGCGACAGGCAUGGAGACGGAGGUGGGUAAAAUUGCGCAGUUGCUACAAGAUCAUCCAACGAAAGAUCAUCAAAGUUAUCUUGCUCGGGCAUACCUUCGUGUUAAAACUUCAACCGCGAAGAUCUUGGGGCUUGUUGGUACCCCGUUGCAAGUCAAAUUGAGCAAGUUUGCCCUUUUGCUCUUCGCCCUAGCAAUACUGCUGGCCAUCAUCGUCUUUUCAGUCAAUCUAUGGGAUGUUCAAGGCGAGGUUUUGAUCUACGGGAUAUGUGUUGCUGUGGCUGUAAUUCCAGAGUCUCUUAUUGCUGUCUUGACUAUCACCAUUGCCGUCGGCACAAAGGCUAUGGCCAAGGGAAAUGUGAUUGUCCGAAAGCUGCAGUGUCUGGAGGCCGUUGGCGGGGUCACUAAUAUAUGCUCUGACAAAACUGGGACAUUGACCCAAGGAAAGAUGAUUGCACGAUCUGCAUGGAUCCCGAAUGCGGGGACCCUUAAUGUCCGACAGACAACAGAUCCAUAUGAUCCCACGAGUGGAGUUGUGCAGCUCGACGAGAUCGACUGGAGCUCUACUCGUCCAAUUGAGGAGCACCCUGCUUUGCAUACUUUUCUCUCUGCGCUUGCACUUUGCAAUCUUUCAGUCAUUCGUCAUGAGAACCAAAUUUGGACUGCUGUUGGUGAACCUACAGAAAUUGCUCUGCAUGUUUUGGCCAUGCGAUUCGACUUUGGAAAGAGCGCAGUUAUCGAAAGACGGGGGAUCAGGCUUCACACCGAAUUUUCAUUUGACUCAGCCAUCAAGAAGAUGACUGUUGUGUAUGAGAACGCGAAAGAAGGCAUGAAUGAAGUGUAUACCAAGGGUGCUCCUGAAGUGAUUAUUCCGUCAAUGGCAAUCAGCGAGGACAAAAGAAAGGUCAUUCACGACACUGCGGACAGAAUGGCCGGUGAAGGUCUGCGGGUGCUUUGCAUUGCAUAUAAAAAGACGCCGAUCAAUCGACCGGACGAUGUCUUCCCACGAAAUGCCGCGGAAUCAGACCUACAAUUUGGUGGUCUUAUUGGACUUUACGAUCCUCCCCGCGUUGAGACCGCCGCUGCAGUGCGCAAAUGCCAGAUGGCGGGCAUUACGGUGCAUAUGCUAACUGGGGAUCAUAUCAAGACAGCUACCGCGAUUGCAUCGGAAGUUGGUAUUCUCGAUCGCGUCAUGGCCGUGGCCAAGCCACAGCGCUUGGUGAUGACAGCAGAUGAGUUCGAUAAAUUAACGGAUGAUGAAGUAGACGCUAUUGAAGAGCUACCUCUCGUGAUUGCGCGCUGUAGUCCAACAACGAAGGUUCGGAUGGUUGAUGCAAUGCAUCGCCGUCAGGCCUUCUGUGUAAUGACUGGCGACGGUGUGAAUGAUUCUCCCGCGCUUAAAAGAGCAGAUGUCGGUAUUGCUAUGGGCAAGAAUGGAAGCGACGUGGCCAAAGAAGCCGCUGACAUGGUUUUGACGGAUGAUAACUUCUCAUCCAUUGUUAAAGCAGUCGAAGAGGGGAGAAGGCUAUUUGACAAUAUUCAGAAGUUCCUCAUGCAUUUGCUCAUCUCGAAUAUUGCUCAAGUCAUUCUUCUUCUGAUAGCACUUGCAUUUAAAGAUACUGGAGGGGACUCGGUGUUCCCGUUGUCUCCACUUGAAAUAUUAUGGGCAAACCUUGUCACGUCUUCCUUUUUGGCAGUCGGGCUGGGACUUGAAGAAUCACAACCCGAUAUCAUGUACCGUCCUCCACAUGAUCUGCGUGUUGGGGUAUUCACCUGGGAACUCAUAAUGGAUAAAAUGAUAUAUGGUACUUUCAUGGGCACGUUAUGCCUGGUCGCAUUCGUAUGUGUUGUCUAUGCCGCGGGGACUGGGGCAUCUGACCUCGGAGAUGGGUGCAACCAAGGAUAUAAUUCGACUUGCGAUGCUGUUUUCCGAGCCAGAGCUACAACUUAUGCAACUCUAACCUUUCUUCUGCUGGUUACGGCCUGGGAAGUCAAGCACUUCUCCCGUUCUCUAUUCAAUAUGGAUCCUGUCCGAUUCCCACAGCGGUGGUCGAUCUUAUCCACACUCUGGAGUAACCGCUUCCUUUUUUGGGCUGUAAUGGCGGGAUUUGUGGUCGCAUUUCCUGUGAUAUACUUACCGGUGAUUAACCAGAUGGUUUUUAAGCACCAUGCUAUCACUUGGGAAUGGGGUAUCGUCUUCGGCUGUACUGCUACCUAUCUGGCCUGUGUUGAAAGUUGGAAAGCAGUCAAGAGAGCAUUCGGCAUUGGAAGUGGUAAGAAUGCUAUUCUAACCUUAGAAGAUGCAGAGACAAGAGCAGGUCUUGAUACACCCACACCACUCUCUUCGAGUGGAAACACGAGCGUUGAAAUGAAAUGA